AUGAGCGCGACGGCCGGCAAAAUAUCUACAUUGCCUGCGGAAGUGAUUGAAGCGGAAGUUUUUGAGCAGCUCCUAGAGAUGGACGAAGGAGAUGAAUACGACUUUAGCAAGAGUUUGGUGAACAAUUACUUUGAGCAAGCGGAGAGCACGUUUGACAAGAUGGACAAGGCGCUUGCAUCCGGCAACCUGCAAGAUCUCUCAACGCUGGGGCAUUUUUUGAAAGGAUCGUCGGCAGCUAUAGGUGUCGUCAAAGUUCGCAAUAGCUGCGAAGCGAUGCAACACUAUGGGACGUGCCGUGAUGCCGAUGGCAUCACGGAGCUUUCGCGCGAUGGCGCCGUGCACAAGCUUACAGAGACGCUUGGUUGCGUGAAACUGCAAUAUAAAGAAGCAGAGUCGACGCUACGAUCCUUUUUCGGCGAAUAA